AUGGGUGUUACCAAGACGACUCACCAGUCCGGUUCCGGCGCCAUCCCCAAGCCCGGCCAGACCGUCACUAUUGAGUACACUGGCUUCCUCAAGGAUACCUCCAAGCCCGACAACAAGGGCGCCAAGUUCGACUCCUCCGUCGGCCGCGGCGACUUCGUCACCAGAAUUGGUGUCGGCCAGGUCAUCAAGGGCUGGGAUGAGGGUGUCACCCAGAUGAACGUUGGCGAGAAGGCUACUCUCGACAUCACCAGUGACUACGCCUACGGCGAGCGCGGCUUCACCGGCCACAUUCCCCCCAACGCCGAUCUCAUCUUCGACGUUGAGCUGAAGAAGGUCCAGUAA